AUGUCAUAUAAAAGACGCCGACCUCCACCUCGCGAGGCCAAUGAAGAGGAAAAAAGUAUAAUUAUAUGUGUCAAUCAUUGUGCGCGCGAACUCGAUGACAUUCUUCAGGGUGCAAGAAGAAAGGCUCAGGGUAAUACCAAACUUUUUGCUGACAAAACUGCUUCAUCGCUCUUUCGCGGGAUGAAGACGUAUCAAAAUAUGUACAGCAAGCUUAAACUGAAAUCAAGGAAUGCUCUCAAUCGUUUGUUGCAACGGUCACAUGAUCUAGAAGAUAUGGUUGAUGCUCGUGAUUGUAUCGAGGAAACUGAGGACUGUUGGCGGCAAUUUCUGUCUAACUUAGACAGUGAUGUACAUCGUUCAUCUUGCGAUUCCUCUGAUUCGAUAAAAAAGAUUGGCGACUUUAUUGAUCUCUCCAAGCCUAAGUUGGUUGAUUGCAGUAACUUUAGCGAAAUUACGCUCGAGCAAGUCCUUUCAAAGUUUACCAGUUCACUUCUCGUUUUCUUACCUUCUUACUUGCCUGACACUGCUGCAAGAUGCAGACAUUCCGAAAUUUCUAAAGUCAUCGCAGAUUUUUAUCAACUGAAUGCCGGUUUUGCCAUUAUAACCUGGGGUCCCGAACCGGUCGUUAAACCCUGGAGCAGUCGUCUUCUAAAACAUGUCAAAUGGCCUGUACUCUGGGAUCGAGACAACUUUUUCACCAAGUUCCUUUCCUUUAAACGUGGAUGCGCAAGGUUAUGGGCCCCAGAAAUGUUGGACUUUUGUGCUUACCAGAACUAUGCUCAUAAUCGAACAUCUGAGCCACUACCUUUGGACAUAGAUUGGAGUGAGUGGAAUUAUGUGGGUGGGGAAGUUGUCAUAGCUUCUCCAGCUGUCACGCGAAUGUUCUAUCAUCGUGAUAUGGACGCUCGGCUAAAGGCUGUAGCGAAAGCAGCUUCAGCAAGAGGCCGUAAGGAGAAGCGAGAGAGCGAGCAUGAAAAAGACUCCGGCGAUGAGGAUUUUGACCUACCUCCUUUGCCUCUUCAACCGGAUACAGCAUCUGCCCGGAUUUGCUACAUCCAUCGAGCGGAUAAUAUUGCCGAUAUGGCACUUCCUGGCAGUAUCUACCAGUCUGCUCUCACUUGCUUCGCUGUUCUUCACAAAAAAACUGAAACUGAGGUUGUUGAGGACAUUCGAACAAACAGACGCCUUGCAACUCCUCCCGAAAAUGCCAGAUUGCAAUACGAGACAGCUACAGGGCUUUACUAUGACCCGGAAACAGAGCUCCAUUAUGAUGCGCGUAGCGGGUACUUUUACGAUGCAGUGCGGAAGACUUACUACUACUGGUCAGCUGAAGAACAUCGAUAUAUUCCAGCAAAUGAGCUGGUGAAGGCACAGCAAGAGCAGGCACAUAAAGCAGCCAUUGCCGCUGCUCAAGAGGCUGCGAAGAGAGCAGUUCGGGAACAGGAGGCAGCUAGAGCAGCGGCGGCUAGAGUAUCUGCUCAAUUGGCCGCGUUGGGGGCAGACAAGGAUGAAUAUGCCAGUUAUGCGCUCUCUACUUGCCUUCUUGAUAACGAUGAUAUUACUAGUGUGCAUGCUUCCUACAGUUCUAAUAUUCAGCAGUCUCUUCAGCAGCUUGGUGGAACGCCGACCUCAUCUUACUCGUAUGCCACUUCACAGCCAUCUAAUGCAAGUGAUCUCUACCCUUCCGGUUGUCCCCCUCCCCCUGGAACUUGA